CCUCACGUAGCAAUUAAGCAAUUCCAUUUUUUUGUAGACCAAAUUCGACACUCUCUUUGACCUCUAUACUAAAACUCCUCGCUGAGUGAGCGGAAAAAACGAAACAUCGCCACCUGCUGGAGAAGAUAGAUUUCGUGCCCAGUUAUCCCUCUCGCAUCGCCUCUUCCUCACAUUGCCGUUCUUCAUGUACAGCUAGCAUUAAUUUCCCUCGUCGUGGUUCAAACUAACCUGCUGCAUCGACUUCAACAUCAUGCAUCGACUUCAACACUUGGCAAAUAGAUCAUUGAUUGCUGGUGUUUUUGACCAGUCUCCAGCCCUUGUGCGGACAAAGGCUCGGGAGACCGCAUGUUUAGUGCAGUCCAUACGACUCAAAACACAAGGACCGGUUGAACAGUAUGGACUGAAGCGAUUCAGUACAGCUGAGGCAACCGUGAUUUUGAGAGAGAACGGCAAGAUGCGAGAAAAGACUCUGACCAUGGACACCCUCAAUCCGCAGGUGAAAGCGGUGGAGUACGCUGUGAGAGGACCCAUUGUCACGAAGGCUGGGGACAUCGAGAGAGGCUUGCAGCAGGGUCAGAAACAUCCCUUCACUGAGGUCAUCAAAGCCAACAUUGGAGAUUCACAUGCCAUGGGGCAGAAGCCAAUCACGUUUCUCCGUCAGGUGGUGGCUCUCUGCUCAUUCCCAGAGCUGUUGAACAGCCCUAGUUUCCCAGAGGAUGCCAAACAACGUGCCCGUCGCAUUCUACAGGGCUGCGGGGGACAGAGCUUGGGGUCGUACAGUGCCAGCCAGGGAGUGGACUGUAUUCGGCAGGACGUUGCUGUCUACAUAGAGCAACGGGAUAAGGGCGUGCCUGCCGACUGGGACAAUAUUUACCUAACCACCGGAGCCAGUGAUGGCAUCGUGAGCAUCUUGAAAAUGCUGGUGUCGGGCCAGGGCCGGUCCAGGAGUGGUGUGAUGAUCCCCAUCCCUCAGUACCCCCUGUACUCUGCAGCCAUCUCUGAGUUGGAGGCCGUUCAGAUCAACUACUACCUGGACGAGGACAACUGCUGGGCCCUGGAUAUCAACGAGCUCCACAGAGCCUACCAGGCUGCCAAGGAGCACUGUCACCCCAGAGUCAUCUGCAUCAUCAAUCCAGGCAACCCUACCGGUCAAGUGCAGAGUAGGAAGUGCAUCGAGGACGUCCUCCACUUUGCAUACGAGGAGAAUCUGUUUGUUAUGUCCGAUGAGGUGUAUCAGGACAACGUGUACUCCCCAGACGUUCAGUUCCACUCCUUUAAGAAGGUGCUCUACGAGAUGGGCCCAGAGUACUUCAACACUGUCGAGCUGGCCUCAUUUCACUCCACUUCCAAAGGAUACUCAGGAGAGUGUGGGUUCAGAGGGGGAUAUAUGGAGGUUCUCAACCUCGACCUGGAGGUCAAGGCCCAGCUGGUGAAGCUGCUCUCUGUGAGGCUGUGUCCCCCUGUCUCUGGACAGGCUGCCAUGGAUGUCAUCGUCAACCCUCCUCUGCCACACGAACCCUCCUACCUCCAGUUCCACAAGGAGAAGAGCGCUGUGCUUGGAGCUCUGGCUGAGAAGGCCCAGGUGACCGAGCAGACCCUCAACACGGUGCCUGGGAUCAAAUGUAACCCUGUGCAGGGAGCCAUGUACGCCUUCCCGCGCAUCUUCAUCCCCCCACGAGCUGUGGAGGAGGCCAAGUCCCUGGGAAUGUCUCCUGACAUGAUGUACUGUCUGAGACUGCUUGAGGAGACUGGCAUCUGCCUUGUUCCAGGCAGUGGCUUCGGCCAGAGGGAAGGGACCUAUCACUUCAGAAUGACCAUUCUGCCCACGACAGAGAAGCUGAAGGUGCUCCUGGAGAAGCUCCGGGAUUUCCACAUCAAGUUUCUGAAGGAGUACGCGUCACUGGAGGAACCAAAGAGAUGAGAGUCCAGAGGAUGACACUCGGGACUCACUAGAACAGUUCAGAUAGUCCCAGUUUGAGAACGUUUGACACGCGUAUCAAAAACAGCGUUUACGGAGGUAUCGACUAACACUAAUGUAAAGAAAGUAAACCCUUGUUUAACUCUACUAGUGUAACCUAUGAUUGCUUGACAUUUUAUCUGAUUGUAGGAACAGUACUUGUGUUUUUAGAGACAUUGUGCCUUUGUCAGACGAGGUAAAAGUGUGGGGAGAAACGAUGCCGUCUGUACAGAGAUGUUAAAGGGGCAAUCUGCAGUUGCCACAAACAUUUUAGGACUUAUAAAUGAAAUUGUAAAUCGAUGUACCCAUUUGAUUCUUGAAGAAUACAACUUGGGCAUGCCUCAUAAGCUGUCGUACCCGAUCAGAACCCAAAAUGUAAGCUUCGUAAAUGUAAACAAACACUAUAUAGCCUUAACAUGGUUAAAACUAAUGUUGAUAUCAUGGAUGAUCAGUCCCUUGCAUCCAUAGCUCUGGCUAUGAAUUUGGUUCCAAUUGUCCAAUCCCAUCCCUCAGAUUUUUAUUGAAACUGGCAGUGAGGACGUUUUAUUGUAACUACAACUGAUUUCCCCUUUAACACUAAAGCAAUGUACUUUGUGAUGUACUCAAAGGUGCUCUAUUAUAGAGGACGCACUGGGGAAUGGGACACAAUGUUCUGAUGACAUUUUCUCUAGCUCUCCAUUUACUUGUUUUUGUGCCCGAGAAGUUUACACUGUUUUGUAUUUUCUAUCCGUCUUGAGUCUUUUCUGUCUCCUUAAGAGGCAUUUUGUGUGAGAGCUCGACGCAAUGGGGCACUGUAAGUGCAAAUAUUAUCUUAGAACCAGCUGUACCUUUUUCAGUGUGCCAAAUGGAACAGGGGUUAUUUAUGUAGGUCAUGGACUGCGGGACAAUGAGUGCUGCUACAUCAGCUCUUGUCCAAAACCCAUUUCUAACAUAACAUCCUAUCAGUACAAGUCAUACAGCUUUGAGCCUGCAUAGCUUCCUGUUGGGCACGUUUACCCACACAGUACGUGGCUUGCGUGACACUGAUCUGAGGUGUCUGUUGCACUUGGUUUUUUUGGGGGGGGGGGGGUGAAUGUCUACUCUCGGGUGCCUAGUUGGAAGGAAAUGCAGUUUUGUGUGCUACUAAUUGAAGAGUUAAGGUCAAACCAAGGGAAGUGUAGGUUCUGGUAAUUCUGUAUAUCGGCCUUGUCCCCAUAUUAGGCUAUUUAUUGUUCACGCUUUUUACUGACUGUGGCUUUAUGGCUGUCAUUCACAUUUGUAUCACAACUUAGAAAGGGAGUACGGUUACAUCUCAGAUGGUGGGUUGAAUGCACUUUGUUUUUUUGUUUGUAAAAUGUUUGUGUGAAACCUUCUGCCCGUAUCCAUCUUUCUGCAAACUGCAGGAAAUGUCAUUGUGAAGUGAAACACUACAAUUUCAUUUUUUGUAGGUGGGAGAUGAGCACAGUGACCCACAUAAGGCUGUCUAAAAGCUUCAGUUAAACCAAUGAAUUUGGGCAACUUUUAUUCUGACACCAAAACAUCUCAUUUCUAUUUUUGUAUGCAAUUUAAUGCUGAAUGACCUUGGCAGCCAUUCAAUGUAUGAAACUCGACUGACCUCAAAACAUGAAUUGUUUUUAACCAUUUGACAGCAAUGAGGUGCCUUCAAUGGCGACAAGCUAUAAUUUACAUUGAGUGGUUUUUGAGAAUGUUUUUUUUUGAAUGCACAUUUUCUGCUAAAUGUUUGUUUUCAUUUGUUUGCCUGGUUUGCCUUCACAAUUCCUGACAUUUAAUUAAAGUAAAAAAUUCCCCGUCUUAGGUCA